AGCUCUUCCGGGUUCCUCCCUUCUUCAAGAUGGCAACGUCUGAAGACGAGUUACCGUUGCCCCGGCUUCCGGAGCUGUUUGAAACCAGCGAAAAACUUGUUGAAGAAGUGGAAGUUACGACCGAACCCACCGGCUCCCGUAUAAUCCAGGAUAAAGUGGUCAAGGGACUGGACCAACUUGAGAAGGCUGCUGAAAUGUUAUCUCAACUCGAUUUGUUCAGCCGAAAUGAAGAUUUGGAAGAGAUUGCUUCCACCGACCUGAAGUACCUGAUGGUGCCAGCGUUUCAAGGAGUCCUCACUAUGAAACAAGUCAAUCCCAGCAAGCGUCUAGAUCAUUUGCAGCAGGCUCGAGAACACUUUCUAAACUACUUAACCCAGUGCCAUAACUACCACGUAGCAGACUUUCAGCUGCCCCAAACCAAGAAUAACUCAGCUGAAAGUAACACUGCUAGUUCCUCCAUGGCCUACCCAAGUCUCGUUGCUAUGGCAUCUCAAAGACAGGCUAAAAUAGAGAGAUACAAGCAGAAGAAGGAGAUGGAGCAUAGGUUGUCUGCCCUGAAAUCUGCUGUUGAAAGUGGUCAAGCAGAUGAUGAGCGUGUUCGUGAAUAUUACCUCCUUCACCUUCGGAGGUGGAUUGGUAUCAGCUUAGAAGAAAUUGAAAGCAUUGAUCAGGAAAUACAGAUCCUGAGGGGAAAAGACUUUUCAAAAGAGGUGUCAACUUCUCAUUCAUCUUCUUCGGACAAGCCUCCAAUGAAACCGUUCAUCCUUACUCGGAACAAGGCCCAAGCCAAAGUGUUUGGAGCUGGUUAUCCAAGCUUGGCAACAAUGACAGUGAGUGAUUGGUAUGACCAGCAUCAGAAAUAUGGAGCAUUACCAGAUCAGGGAAUACCCAGACCGACAUCAGCUGAUUUGAAAAGAGAAGCUGAGCAACAGGAAGAUCAAGAACAAAAGGAGGAAGAGAACGAUGAGAAAACAGUCCACAAAAUGCGGGAGUGGGAUGACUGGAAGGACACCCAUCCUAGGGGUUAUGGGAACCGACAAAAUAUGGGCUAAGCUUCCUAUGAAAGGACAAUGGGGUACACUCCUUUGCUGCCCAGGGCAACUAUGUUACCUUCUCUUUUGCUUCAACUGGGCACAGUGAAGGCUUUCAGUUGUGUCAGAUAACUAAGUGUUUACUUGUACCCUAGAUAAUUACCAGAGAUCUUGUUUUGGCCUUACUAAUUCUCAUCAUUAUGUAUGUUAAGUGGCCAGAAAAGAGCACUGCAAAAUAGUCCUGCAUAUAACAGUGGUAGUAUGAAUAAUCUUUAAAAACGUAAUAAAGUCCCUUCUGUUAUGUGAGCCUACAAACAAA